AUGUCGGGCGAGUCGUUGCAUGCGAGUGCGCAGCACGGCCAUGUCGACCGUGUGCGUGCGCAUCUGGAUGCGGGUGCGGACGUGAAUGAGCGUGACGAGGAGGGCGUGACGGCUCUGCACUGGGCCGCUAUCAAUGGCCAUGAUGACUGCUGCCGGCUGCUGCUGGCCCGCGGCGCGGAUGUGCACGCCACAGGCGGCGCGCUCCAUGCGACGCCCUUGCACUGGUGUACGCGCCAGGGACAUGUACAGAUUAUGGCGCUGCUGCUCGAUCAUGGCGCUGAUCCCCUGCUGCUGGACAGUCAGGGAUUUCAUGCGCUGCACCUCGCGACACACAGCAGCUUGGUCAUGGCCCUGGUGUAUUUGCUCCAGCGCGACGAGUUCCAGCCGCAGGCGGCGCUGGAUCGCAAGGACAGGCAGGGGCAUACGUCGCUCAUGUGGGCUGCGUUUCAGGGCGAUGCGCUCUCGGUGGACGUGCUGCUCCAGCACGGUGCGUCUGUGCACCUCGCUGACAUGGAUGGCCUUACGGCCCUGCACUGGUCGGUCGUGCACGGGAAUCGAGCAUGUAUAGAGCGACUCGUCGAAGCGGGCAGCGAUACGAGUGCGCGCGAACACAAGGGCCAGACGCCCGCGGGCCUCGCGCAGGAGCUCGGCUCUUGGCCCGCGUACCAAGCCGCUGUGGCGUCGGUGCGUGCGCGGUCCCGACGUCCUGUGCGGACGCUCGUGGCGUUUGUGGCCCCCACGGUGCUGUACGGUGCGAUGUUCCAGGCCGCCGCGCGUGUGCCGUGGGUCCUGGCGCCCCUCGUGCUGGUGCUGGGCAUCGUCGGCACGCACCUUCUCACGACCGGCUUCCUGUGGCGCGUGGCUCACGCCAAGGCCCUGCAAACGUCGCCGUACUUUGCCUCGCUUCUGUGCAUGAUCGUGGCGCAUGGCAUCGUGUACUAUGCGUCGUACCUUUCGCGCGCCUCGGCGCUGUGUGAUGCCGUCAUGCUCGUGUGUGUGCCGGCCCUGCUGUCUUUCUGGGUCGUGUGUGCGACGCGCGCGCCUGGCGCAUGCGCCAAGGCGCGCGAUGUGCGGCGCACCGUGCAUGAGCUCGCGCGGGAGGGGAAGCUGACCGGCCAGCACUUUUGUGCGUCGUGCAUGUCGCGGCGACCGCUGCGUGCGAAGCAUUGUGUGCUGUGCCGCACAUGCGUCGCUCGGCACGACCAUCACUGUCCAUGGAUCAUGAACUGCGUGGGCCUCGAGAAUCAUGUGCCGUUUCUCCUGCUGCUCGUGUCGGCCGUGCUGGCCAUGGCCGCCUUCGAGAGGGCGGCGUGGUCGUAUAUGCUGCGUACGAUGCCGCCUUCGUGCGCUGGUCCCUGGGCGUGCCAUGCGGCGCUCUUUUACGUCACGGUCAUGAUCCUGAUCGCGGCGGUGUGGUGCCUCCUUCUCCUGUCCGGCCAAGUGUACCAUGUAUCUACGCAGGUCACCUCGUUCGAGCUGAUCAACCUGCGACGCCACGGCUUUAUGGGCGGUCGUCCUGACGCCCACAUGCUCGGCCAGGGCCAGGCCGGCUAUAUCCAGACGCAGAGGGAGCAGCUGCUCGCACAGGGCCUCUCGCCCAAAGAGGCGCAGCGGGCCCUGUGGGGCCGCGGCUCGCCGCCCCGAUCCACGCACUGGCUCUCUUCCGUGUGCCCUGGCAUGCUCGGUGCGCCGUGGCUCGCGCGUCAGGGCACGGCGGCCUCCAAUCCAUUCGACCGCGGGUGUCUGGGCAACUGGCUCAGCUUUGUGUCGCGAGGCCGGUACGACCGCAUCGAUUAUACAUGUCUGUAUGACGUGGCGUAG